AUGUGCUCGACAAAUCAAAAAUUAGCCUGUUGUUCAGGGGACAACGUUUUUGAAUCUAAAGAAAAUGAAAAUGAGCAAUUCCCACAAAUCGUAAAUAAACAAUUGCCACCAAAAGUGUUAGAGCCAAUAGUUCAAAAUAAGAUUGUUGAAGUUCCUAAAGAGGUGUUAUUAGAAAAAAUUGUAGAAGUCCCUCAUAUAAAAACAGUUGAAAGGAUAGUAGAACAAAUAAGACCCGUAAUCCAGUACAAAAAUGUAUAUAAACCAAAGACUGUAUACGUGGAAAAAAUAAAAAAUGUUGAUAGAAUUAUAUAUCAGGAAAAAAUUGUUGAGGUUCCACAAAUUAAAACUAUUGAGAAAAUCGUGGAUGUACCAGUGUAUGUGAACAGAGAAAGAAUUAUUACAGUACCUAGAUAUAUGAUUGUCGAAAAAGUUAUACCUGUUUUAAAGACAAAUAAAAGAGAAAGUAUUGUAGAAAUACCCGAAGUUAAUUGCCCUAACAUUGAUAUAAGCAAAGAAGUUGAAAGUAAAGAAGUCAAAUACGCAGAUCUUAAACAAAAACAAACCACAAAUAUUAAUGAAAAAGAUAUUCAACUAUUAAGUGAGUUAAAUUUGCAAAACAGAAAUUCAGAUGCAACUAUUCGUUUGGAACCAGAUCAAGCCACAACCAUGGACACUAUAAAUCAAGAAAAUUUCUGUACAACUGUAAGCUGUAAAUUCCUUCCAUCAUAUGAUAAUUUUCCUAAACUUCAGUCGUCUGUAUGUAAAGGAUUCCCAGAAAGAGAAAAAAGGUUUUCAAGCAUAAAUAUAUACAAGUCAAAGGAUACCAAUUUUCCUAAAAUAAGAAUCUCGAAAACACCUCAGUUAAUGCAGAGGAACAAUUGCUACUGCACCUAUGCGUAA